AUGAGCCAUGAAGACGGGGACGUAUCAAUGACCAGUUUACGGGACGAACACUGCGACAUGAGUCUCGAUCAUGAGACUAUUGAUGUCGUCUGGCAAAGUACGCAGUCUACAGCACUGCAAAGUAUUCUUGAAGAGUCUAAAUUGCGCAAAACACGAGCUACCUCUCCAGCAGCCAACUCGAACGACACGGCGUCUUUCAUCCUUCCAGGCUCUCUUCUCCCAAAGUCACUCUUCCGAGAUACGUCUACGACGCGGUCUAUAUCCCUGUUAGGGGAUCAAAAACCGUCUAUUCCGUUACCUCAACACCCAACCAGACCUGCUGUCAGCAGAGCAGGGAGCAUGCCUUCGCUAUUUCAUGAAGCACAGCGGGCGUCGAGCAGCAGAAGCAGCCAGAUACCCUCACCCGACACAGUGACAGACGUGCGCAAGAUACGACCUUCUCAACGACGCUCUUCUACUCGCGAUCAAACCACUCAGUCGUCAGACUCUGCAGAGGUCACGCAACAGGAUCUCGAAAGCCUUAAAUAUAUGAUCAACACUGUCAGUAGGAUUUGGGGACAGGAAAACUCUUCCACUUCGAUUCGUUCAUCGGGUUCUACAUCCAACUUUUCCGCUCGCCUACAAAGUGGCUCGAGUUCAGAGUCUAGUCGUCCCGAGCCGGUUAAAACUAUCAAACUGGGUCAACCUUUGGAAACAACUUCAUCUCGGAUACGACAAUCGACGAGCGAGAUCAAAGGUCUCAUGCUUCCACCAGCAUUGCCAACGACAACCAACGUCGAACCCCAGCUCUCGCUUCCGCGAAUUUCGAAGCUCCCCAUCACUGCGAAGCCUCUGAAACUGACAGAAAGUGCUCUUUGCGAUGUGUCAAUGGUCACAGAGGAAGCAGACGAGGCGGAAACGAGCUUUGACCUCUCCGAGCCGCCAUCGCCAUCGCCGACGGUACGGGCGAACCCAACCCGUUUCCAAGAAAAGCACGAAGUUACAGAGUUCACUCGCGAAAAGAGAUUGUCGCAAGGCUCGUCUCGUCCUCUGUCGACCAACCUACUCUCCCAAUUGCGCAGCGGACAACCGCGCUCGCUUUCCCAAACCCCUCUUUCUAUCGUCAACGCCCCACCAAAAGCGCUUGGCAUGCGUCGAACCGUAUCUGGGAACAAUGUUUUCCCUUCGAAAUCUACCAAAAGAGAUACGGAGACCAAGCCGCCACUUUCACGUAUAUACUCGCAGGCUUCUAUGACCCAAGAGCAAGCCAGAAUGAAGCCAAAGGGGUUCAAAGUACCAUGGGCCAACGACAGCCCUACUAUGGCCCCAGGAUCUUUGCCGGCUUCUCAAACUUCAAACCUCUCUGUAUCCUCACCUGUCAGCGAGUCUGGCUCCGACUCUGCUUCUGGGGUCGGUGGGUCUACGACUAUCCAAAACGUUCACCCCGAGAACCCAGAUUCAUCCUACUCUUUCGAUGAUAUCGACGUAGAGGAGCUAGAUCGUGUUCUGAGCCAAUGUGGCGCCUGA